AUGUCUUCUGUAACUAAUACCACAUGCACGACUGCCAACCAGACCUUCUGCAAGGCAGGAAAGCGCAUGGAAGAACUCCUGCAGACAGCUUUGCAGUUGGAUCCUACCAAUCCUCGCAAUAUGCCAAUUGUGGUGGACAUGGCAAAAAUGCUAUCACAUGCAUUUACGAUGUUUGCAACACAAGCAAAGUCCAUUCCACUGAUUGUACUUUCUGCUGCCACAGAGUUGCAGGAACACUUGGACACAUCCUUUUGCAAGGUCAUCACAACUCCUGUUUGGACUAACAUCUGCAGAGACAAUCCUCGCAACACCCGGAGCCCCCUUUACCCACUAAGUGUUAGCUUUGCGCAACCUGCGCCGCCAGCAACUCCUCCUAUUGCUGGUCCUUCGCAGUUUAGCGGUGCCCUUCCUCAGGAACCUGUGAUGUCUGUUGAGAAGGGGCAAAGGCAAGGAAAAAGCAAACCCUGCUGA